AUAAGCCUACUGAUCCUCGCUCGCUCCGUCUCUCCUUGGGGAUCGAGGACCUGUGUAGUAGGAAGUGGAGGGAGGUGUCGUCGAGCUGCAGAAUGCUCGGGUGCAGCAUGUUCAGCGGCCGGAUUCUAUUCCUGCCGCCCUCGAAGAGCUCGACGGCGGCGGCGAGGAUGCAGCGUCGACCUUGCUGCCCAGCCACCGACGGCAGGUAGGUCCUGCUUCUCUGGCAGCGUGGGACCGAGAUGCGACGGAAGCGCAGCGUCGUCGGAGCUCGCAUGGCCAUGAAAGCUGCGCGCCUGCGCAGAUACUGAGAGGAAUGGCGAGCCGAGCCUGCGACAAGGCUGCUGUCUCUGCCUGUCCACGCGCCAAGGCCUUGAUGCAAGCUGAAGGUGGCUGCUGGCUGGGUACACGGGUGAAAUGGGUAAUACUCUUUAUUAUCCUACCCAUAUCCAUAAGCAAAUGGAUAAUUCAUACCCUCCCCAAAUAAUAUAGAUAUGAAUUUGGGUACGGAUGCUGGGUAUCCAUCGGCAACAUGCCCUCGAGAUUGUCGGUGCGGCGUGUCCGCGUGUGCCCGUGUUCCCGAAUAAACAAGAGUAUAGACGCAAAAGCCAAAGGGCAACGUAGGUAGAAAACCCAUGUCUGAGAUAUCGAGCAAUGUCACUAAGAAUCUCUACGCCACGUCGCUUGAAAAUCGACAUGGCGCUUAUUUUGAUGCUCACGGUAACUGAAAUUAGCCUAAAGACUGAAGGGAGUACCAAACUGCUACAGUGUCAAAAACUCAAAUUUUUUCAGCAACUAAACACACCCCUAGUUUAAUAUACAUUAAAACAAACCCGGUGCAUGCUACAUUGCUACUACUUGUUUUAGAGCCUAGAAUUGGUUUUAGUACAACCAUUCAAGUACAACUCAAUUACAAAUAAAUCUGAUAGCUUCCUAUUCAUUUAUUAGCUUUCAUACAAGAGAAUUUUAUUUACAUAAUAGAUUAAGCAUAUUGCUACUUGUGUGUUCUUACCGUUGAAUCGUUGACGUAAGGGUCCACGCGUCACUGUUAGGGAGGACAUCUCAAUUUGAUGUGGAUACUCAUAUUUUUUUCAAAAUUUUUUGUUAUAAUUUAACCCUACUAUUAUUCUCCCGGUGGUUGGAUAUAUAGUAUAUACUCGUACUUUACGUCUCCACCGUUAAGCUCUCACUCCGUAGGCCUAGGCGGACUUAUUCAAAAGUCUCAGGUACUUUAGUUCCUAAAGAACCAAAUAGAAAGAACUUUUAGGAUCUAAAGUACUAAUUGGGGCUAAAGAAUUAAAAGUCUCUCUUGAGAAAGUUUUUUGGGACCUAGGGAAAUCCUAACCCAUAAUGUCUAUGAGUAGUAUCCACAUCAUCAAAAAAUCACCUUUAGAAAUUAUACUUUUGAAAUCCAUGAUGUCUCGGUACGGAUUUCUAUUAACCUCACUCUAUUUUUCUCCACCUAUCAUAUUUGUUAUUCAUUUAUUAUGAAGACAUCACCUCACUUCGAAUUAUUGAUUUACAUAUUGACAUUGGGUCUUACAUGGAAUCCAGUUUCUUCCUCUCUCUCCACUCUCUCAUCUAUUAUUAUGCCACAUAAGUUAAAAUUCCUAUAUAGCAAUGCAGUUAAUGCCAUGGACACUAUCCUACAUGAAGGGUUGGGGAUGCCCUAGGCGUCCGCAAUGGUAAUAGUUAGUACUAGCUACGUAGUCUGUUGAUGUGGAAGUGAGAGAUAAAAGAAAAAACUAUUUUAUACUAUUGGACCCACACAUUUCUCUCACAUGUUCUUGUGUUACGUGAAAUAAAUCAGCUAUUUGCUCAUCGCUAGUGACUAUUUUUUUUCCUAUUUUUUAUUGUCGCAUCAGAUCUAGCUAGCUAAAUAGCUAACCGUUGUGGACGCUCUUAAAGCUCACAUGAGAUCUACUAUUCCACCUCCUACCUCCGUUCCCCAUCUCUUAGAUGCAUACAACUUAGAGGUAUUGUGGUACUUUGUGCACUUAUUUAUUGGUCUUUAGUCUCUUUUAGUCCCUAAAACCAAAUAGACAGACUAGAAUUUUUUUAGUUCAGGAACUAAAAUAGGCAACCAAAGGCCACCUAACAAUGUGGAACAAAAGGGGCUACACUGCAAAAAGUCAGUCACCCCUCGGAUUCCCCUCGCUCCCCGUCUGAAGAGCAGGGUUCACCUAACCGACCGGUCUCCGGUAACCGCCAGGCUCCGGUUCCGGUUUACCAGACCAGUUGCACCGGUUACCGGUAGAAACCGGUCAAAUUCAAAUUUAAAUUAAAAAAACUCAGUUCAACCGGUUCGUACCGGUAUACCGACCGGUUAGACCGGUUUACCGGUCGGUUUGACCGGUUUACCGGCCGGUUUGAAUUCAAAUCCAAAUUUAAAAUCGCAUGUGUAACCGGUAUACCGGCCGGUUAGACUGGUUUACCGGCCGGUUUUACCGGUUUACCAAGUGGGCCUUAAUGGGCGUCUAUUUUUUUUCCUUUUCUUUUUUGUUUUAACUUUAAAUGCCCGAAAAGUAUGCUAAACGAACGAAUUUUUGAGAAAAUUUGACACCAUUAGAUUCGUUGCACCUUGAAGUAUUUUUAGAAUUUUUUUGAAAAUUUAUCAUUUUUUGGAAUUCAAAUUUAAAUUUUGAAUUUGGGCCGAUUUGGGACCGGACCAAACCGAAACCAGACCGGACCGGUUACCGACGGUUCGGUUAACCCUGCUGACGAGUCGACUCCGAGCUCCUCCAUUUUCUCCGAGCGAACCUUCUUCCCUUUCCCCGGACACAAAUCAGGCUCUCCGCCGCCGCCUGCCCGCCAUGGCCGCCCGCCGUCUCCUCCUGCUGCUCGCCGUCGCCGCCGCGUCCCUCCUCGCCGCCGACGCGCGCCCGUGCCGCACCUUCCUCGUCGCCUUCCCGGCUGACCCAAACCCCAACCCCAGCGGCGGCGGCGCCGCAGCCCACCACCACUACCGCGGCGUCCCCCACGUCGCCACGGUCGUCACCGUGUUCCGCGUCCGCCGCCUCGGCCCGCACCUCCACCAGGGCCACCGCAACCACCACCACCUCCACUCCAUCCCCGCCAACGUCCAGAUCCGCCGCCCCGAGCUCCCCCACCCCGCCCACGCGGCGGCCGCCGGGCCCCAGGAGCGCGCCAGGGACAUCCUCGUGGUCGUCGUUGGGCUCCUCUUCGGCGUCGCCUGCGGCGCGCUCACCGCCGCCUCCGUGUACCUCGUCUGGUCCAUGGUCGCGGGCGGCGCCACAGCCUCCCCGUACGAAGAGCUCUACGACGAAGAGGACGAGGCAUCCGACACCGAGAGCCCUAAGAAGGUCGGCUACGUCAUCAUCCAGGAACUCGAGGUUCACGACGGUGGUAAGAACUAGAGGGGUAGGGUUUGGUGGUGCUCCCGGGAGGAAGGGCAAUUUCAUGCAGUGGGAUGAUCUAUGACCAUAUGAUUAUGUGUUGAGUGAUUCGUAAUGUCUGUAUGUGAUGUUUGGUUGGAAGUACUAGGGGUUUUCCCUCCUUGUGAAUAUGCUCCUGAAGUGCGCCUAAGCUAUGAAUUGUGCUUAUUUCUGAUGGAUUUAUCAAUCAAUGUUAUGCAUUGCGAAAUGUUCUUCGGAAACAAUGUUCUUUGUUCUGCUGUC